CAGUUAGUUCCCAGCUUCUUUUGGUCCACAAACUUGUGGAACUCGAUGGGCUGAUUUCUUCGACUGAGACAGGUGCCUGGUACGAGAUCAGAUGUCCAUGCGAGACCAUCACAACAUUAAACCAGCGCAGCUGAACAUGGCUCGGCAACCUGUUGGAAAUCGCAAGUAAUUCGCUGCCCACCGGUUUUUUGCAGCCACUUGUUCGAGAGUAUGGAUGGCAUGGCGGUUGGCAGAACGCCAGUGCUCGAUGGAGCUUUCUGACAUCUGAGAUACGUGUAAGAAUUUCGAUCCGUCAUUCCACGAGUCAGCUCGUAGAACGAUACCAUACGGACCUCGAAGAGAAUUCAUCCACUUUGAUGGCCGUGUCGACAGAUCCAUUCAUCUAGACCUCGAAGUCUUGCCAUGCCAGCACUUAUAUCCACAGCAUACCAUCUCACGUCACCUCAAGUUUGUGACCCGAACGAUCGCAGGUUUGCAUUCGGGUUACGAAUGAAGCGCCUGAUUCCAGAUGCACAUUUCUACUGCUCGAAGCAUUUUCAUCUCGGUAGCCCAAGCAACAGCUGCAGACUUGUCGUGUGAUUAAGAGGGCUUGUCCGCUGAUAUUCAUCGUCCAACACGGAGUCUCUGGUCUUCCAUGGCAUGCUGUUUCUGACUGUCAGUGGACUUGUCAGGGGCUUGGCGGAAUUAGUUUCUGCAUGUGUGGCGAGUGCGUCCUCCGAGAGGACUUCUGGGCCAUAGCUUCAGCUUUGGCGAUCCCUCAUCUCGAACCCAAACAUGCGACGGUGUUGCACAGCAGCUCCCUCACUCUGACUGGAAACGACCCCGAAAAUCUCGACUUCGCAAAGAGGUUUCGAGGAAUGACAGUCGACGACUUUUGGUGAACAUGGAUUUGUGAAACUGCAAAGGAGUCCGAGCUUCGGAACCCAUUUUAACUCAGGUGCUGCGGCGUGGGCAGGUCUGUCGAAGCCAGAGAGAGUAUGGAUGGACACUCGAACACUCUCCCUCCCUCCCUCCCUCCCUCGCGUGCUUAUACAAGCAAGGUUCGGUUUCAGAUACGAAUGAAGCGAAGAAUGGCGAUUCUUCAUGUGAGCGCUGGUCCUCAUUCAUUCAGUGCGAGAAGGCAAGAGGAAUUUCACCGAUCCAGAAGCGAAUUCCUCCCUGCAGCUACUCUUCCGGGUAAGCUUGCACUGCGGAUGUAUGUCCGUGUGCCGGAGUCAACACUUUCAAUCAAACGAACAAAAUGGGAAGGCUGGAGAAAAUGCGGAAGGCAACAAAAUUGAAGGGAGCAAGACCAACCCUGAAGAUAAGGCGGAGGCGAAAGCCUGCAGCAUCCGAAGAGGGAGCAAGCGAUUCACCGCUAGCUACUGCAAACUCCGAACGAGGACGACGAGCUUCGCUCGCCCGAGGAAAAGAAUGCAAGUGAGCGUCGCGUGAAGAAAGCGCUUUCUGCGCGAGCGAGUAAAAUCGGACUGCGGACGAGGUGAAAUCGUCGUCGAGUGAGAAAGCGAGACGGACGGACCGAGUCAAUCCACUUCCCAAACCGACUGUAGCGUGACGACUUUCCGAGCUGAGCUCUCGCUCGCUCGCUCGCUGGCCGCUUUUCUGGCAACGGAGUGAGGAGUGAGCAAAAAGGAGUGAAACUGUGCACAACCACAAAAUCCCUCCCCGAUGCCCCGAUGGACAGAACAGGUUCCCACCGCAUCAAUCCCCGCCCCCCAAUAUCCCGAUUCCUGUCCUCGCCCCCGAAACCCUCAAAUUGCCUUCUCUCCACGCCACCGCUCGAGCCCCGGGUCGAUGUGAGAUGCGGAAAGCGAGCGGGAGAGGGAGAAACAGGGCGGCGAUCUUCACCGGAGAAGGAAUUAAGGGAUUAAGGGAUUAAGGGAUUAAGGAAUCAAGGAAUGGAGGAAUGGAGGAAUGAAGGCGAGAGUGCAUGAACAGAGGCAAGGAGCUAUUCCGGGCCACACAGAACAGGAGGAGCAGAUGGCGCUCGACAAUCAUAUGAUAUAGCGAGAUUGCUCGGUGCCAGAAAAGCCCGAGGCACUGUGGGGGCGGGAGUGGCGGGGCAGUCACGUGGACGGAGGCCAAGGGGCAAGAUCAGGUCAACUCGCUUGACACCGCUUUCGAUCACCAGCCAGCCUCAUCUUGGCUGGGGUGGAAAUGAGCGAAUUCCUGAGCAAUCCUGUGGCCUGGAUCGUGGCCCGGUGCAUGUUUUCGCGCACGCAGCAGCGGUCUUGGAUGUCUCGCACAGCGGCAAGCUUGCGCUUUCCGACGGCUGGCGAACGAGGGAGAAUCUGACUGUUUUCGGAGUGAUGGAGUGAAGUUCAUAGCUUUAGCUGGCCGUGCACAUUCGGGCUCCUCGUUCUUCUCGGGCAAGUUGGAGCUCCGCUUUGUCGAGCGGCAGGGCGUGAGCUUGCUUGACGAGAAUUGUUGACGAGAAUUGCGCUUCCCUCCCCCAACCCGCAGGUUGGCUUGAUUUAAGUUCUCUCUUUCGGGGCCUUCUGCUGGACUCAUGAAGAUUGCCAGUGUUUUCUACCAGCAACGCAUGGAGCUUUGGGCUGGCUAAUCAGUUGCUCGAAUGGCAAACGUUGCAGCUGCUCGGCCGAUUGCAGGAAGCAUGAUGCCUUUGGAACGCGACGUAGGAAAAAAAUGAAUCAACUGGCCGACAUGAAAGCCAGAGACUUUUCCCCAGGUAGGGCUGGGUGUCAGUGAGAUCCAAGUAUGUGGUCUUGAGAGCUGCUCGACAGCAAGGGAGAUAUCCGUAGUGGAAUCAUGGCCGCCUUAAUAAGGCAUAUGGUAUCCAAGAAAAAAAGGCGGUUCAUGGAGGAUGGAUUUGAUCUUGAUCUUAGCUAUAUCACAGACAGAAUCAUAGCGAUGGCCUACCCAGGUGAAUGCUGGGAGGGAUUUUUCCGCAAUCCUCUAUCGGAAGUUAUGAGGUUUUUGAAGACAUAUCAUGAAAGGCACUUCAAGGUUAUAAACUUAUGUUCCGAAAGGGAUUAUGAUCCGGCUAAACUUGGAGGAAAUGUGGAGAGGAUUCCAAUGGAGGACCAUCAAAUUGCUCCUUUGGAUGCCAUGCUCAAAUACUGUCGCAUAGUGGAUGAUUGGCUGUCAAAGGAUGAAAACAAUGUUCUUGUUACCCAUUGCAAGGCAGGAAAGGGCAGGUCUGGGUUGAUGAUUUGUGCAUAUCUGCUGUACAUUAGAAAAUUUCAUGAUUCGCCGAAUGCUCUGCAAUUCUAUGCUGAAAAGAGGACCACAAACGGAAAGGGUGUCACCAUUCCCAGUCAAAAGAGGUAUGUUGAAUAUUUCCAUGAUUACUUGGUCAAUGGACCAAGACAAGAAGUUGAGAUGCAGCUGGCGCAGAUAGCCCUUACUUCCAACCUUGUGGCUACGAAGGAGGUGAACGUUGUGAUCUCUACCCAUCAGGGAAACGAUAGCUGGAGGCUCACAAAAUUAUUAUCAACCAAAGAGGAAGGAUCAAAAGUUAGCUGCAGUAAGUCGGGAAACACGAUGGUUUUGGGUUUCACAUCUCUUUGGAUCUCUGGCGAUAUGAAGUUUGAGUUUCAAACGUCCGAGCCUUACCAGGCCCGACUCUUCUACAUUUGGUUCAACACGGCGUACGUUGAAGGAACUGAGUUCUCGUUGUUGCACAAGCAAGACUUGGAUAAGCCUUCGAAGAGCAUGGACCCGUCUUGUCAAGUCUCUUUAUUCUUUGUUGGAAGUAGGCCAAAAGUUCAAAAAAAUGAAUAGUACGCGAACUACUACGGAAGAAUCGUGUGGAAAAGCGUGUGGAAAAUACAUAACUUCCCACAGGAGUUCCAUGUGGGGAAACACGCAAACGCACACAAAUAUAUUUGCCCACGAAAUUAAUCUUCUCCUGUGCGCUAGGAUGAUCUUUCGGAAGCAGGCGAAAUUCCUCCGUCAGCCGAAUACAUUGGUGUAUAUUUUCAGGCGAGACAAAAUCUAGAGCCACUUUAAGGCAAGACUGCACGAACAGAAACUUGAGUUCAUCACUAAACUUGCAAUUUCCCCAGUAGAAGGCGUAUCAUGAGUCCAGCUCUUGAGUCGCAGAAAUUCUUGUCUAAGCUGAAACAUUAUAACAGCAUUGGGUGAUUGAUCACAAAUUAACUUCCUCUGACGAAGGCUUCUGACAAGUAUGAGAGCAAUAUUAGUUCGUGCAUAUACUAGUUCAAACUAGAAUAAAUCGAUUUCAGAUCUUAGAUGGCCAUGAUAGGAGAAGAAUGGAAUGUAGCUGGGGUUGUUCUUCUAGUUACACACCUCACACGAUUAUUACAGACAAAAGAUAUCAUAUGAGAGCUAUCUUCAAGGUUCAAAUGUAUACCUUCAAAUUUCUUACUUGGUGGGGACAA